GCAGCACAUCGAAUCCCGAUGCUAAGCGCCUCUACGACGAUCUCCUCAGCAACUAUAACAAAUUGGUGCGUCCCGUUGUCAAUGUGACUGACGCCGUAACUGUACGCAUCAAAUUGAAGCUAUCACAAUUGAUUGAUGUCAAUUUGAAAAAUCAAAUCAUGACAACCAAUUUGUGGGUGGAACAAACCUGGUACGAUUACAAACUCCAAUGGGAGCCGAAAGAGUAUGGCGGUGUUGAAAUGUUGCAUGUGCCCUCCGAUCAUAUAUGGCGGCCGGAUAUUGUGUUGUAUAAUAACGCCGAUGGAAAUUUCGAAGUGACGUUAGCCACAAAGGCCACUCUCAACUAUACGGGCCGCGUCGACUGGCGGCCACCGGCGAUUUAUAAGAGCUCCUGCGAAAUCGAUGUCGAGUACUUCCCAUUCGACGAACAGACGUGUGUGAUGAAAUUCGGCAGUUGGACAUAUGAUGGUUUUCAGGUGGAUCUUCGGCAUAUCGACGAACUCAACGGCACAAAUGUUGUAGAAGUUGGUGUGGACUUAUCAGAAUUUUACACAUCAGUCGAAUGGGAUAUAUUAGAAGUUCCUGCAGUGCGCAAUGAAAAAUUCUAUACGUGUUGCGAUGAACCGUACUUGGACAUAACAUUCAACAUCACAAUGCGCCGCAAGACGCUUUUCUAUACGGUCAAUCUCAUCAUACCCUGCAUGGGUAUUAGUUUUUUAACCAUAUUAGUUUUUUACCUGCCAUCGGACAGCGGCGAAAAGGUCUCAUUAAGCAUAUCCAUUUUACUGUCACUGACUGUGUUCUUUUUGCUGUUGGCCGAAAUUAUUCCACCAACGUCAUUAGUUGUGCCAUUAUUAGGGAAAUUUGUGCUCUUCACAAUGAUACUGGACACAUUUAGUAUAUGUGUGACGGUGGUAGUGCUCAACAUACAUUUCCGCUCGCCACAGACACACACAAUGGCACCCUGGGUGCGAACGGUGUUCAUCAAUCAACUGCCUCGCUUUUUGGUCAUGCGACGACCGCUGUAUCCCAUCAGUGAGAUGAUCAAAUCAUCGCGACGCUUGAUGGUUCGCACCUGCAAUGGAUUUGACUUGGGCGACCAAAUACCACCGGUACCACCGCCAGCGGCCUUGUCGAGAAUGCAUCACAGCCCUAAAACGACGUCGCGCAGUACCUCGCCACAUCUGCAACAUCGCGUGCAGAGUCUCAAUCUGCUGGAUGACUCAACGAUCGGUGGUUUAGGGCCCUCUACCACCGGCACCGCUUCGGCGACUGGUCAGUUCUCUACACUCUACCCCUCCAAUAUUUCAACUGUGAAUCAACAGACAUCGACCACGUCAUCGCUCAUGGACGCACAACAUCAUAGCCAAUACCAACAGACUGGCGAUUCACUGCUCGAUCACCCGCUAACGCCAACCAAGUUCCGCCAACAAAAGACUUCCACGUCAGUUCAGACGAAUGGCUUCGACGGACCAUCCACCUCGCAGUUCGGACGCCUCUACCAGCAACACCAACAACAACUGCCCAGCGGCGCCAUCUCAGCGUCCACUUCAACGCUACAUCACGUCCACACGCAUUCGGUGGGCGUGGGUGUUGGCAUUGGCUUUGGUGCGACCAGCACCUCCACGCAUCAUCUUUAUCGCCAACAGUCAGCCUCAUCUGCGCAAUUUUCGCCCGUCCCGGCACCACUACAUCCCCACCAGCAACAUCAGUCGACCACGACGUGUGAUCUGCUGGGUAAUAGCAAUGCGAAUGUGAUAAAGUCAACGACCACCGUGAACUCGGUGGCGACCGCUUCAACGCUGGCGGACUCCUGCUGCAGUGGCAUACAGAUACAUCAAGGUAUGGGUGCUGGUGCCGCGUGUCAAUCGUCUGAACAGCCGCAUCCACAUGGUGUGAGUGGUGUUGGUGGACAAGGUGCGGUUGGCGGCGCCCUGCCGUGUGAAAUACUGCCAGCGUGUCAGCGAGAAGAGGGCACGCAUUGUUGUCUGAGCGGCGGUAGUGGGGGCUGUUCGGAAGGCAACGAAUUGCGGCAUCGGUGGCAUGGCUGUCCCGAGCUACUCAAAGCCAUGGAUGGUGUAAACUAUAUAGCGGAGCAGACGCGCAAAGAGGAGGAGAGCACAAGGGU